ACGUCGGCCUCGCAGCUGCCAUUUUUUUUGAGCAAACGCGACUGCCGCUCCUUUGCGACCUGGCUCUGCGGCUCGAGGCGAAGCUAGGCGAGAAGACUGUCAACAAGAUGUGUCAAGGAGCUGUCAACGUUCAUGGUCAGACCAUCUGCAACUGCCAUUUGCCAAGCCAGGAGGGGCCCAAGCCCAAACAGUCAGAGAAGGCCAGUCCCAGUGUGGACGAGCUCUUGCGCACCGCCGUCAGCGCCACAGCAGAAGCACCCAACCGCGCGGUAAAGAGGCGAGUGCGUCAACGUUUGCACAAGAAGUUGGGGGCUGUUCUCAACAAGGAGGAGUUUGACCGCGCAAUGGAGAACUUUCACGUGGCAGUCGAGGCACAACGUUUGCAGCACGAAGAAGAACUUCGCUCACAAAAGCGAGGCCAAGCAGCUGCCGGCACCCUACUGGCUGGCACGGUGAAUCCGGUGAACCGUGUGGCGGGAGCAAAGCCUGGACCAAAUGGUCCUGCUCCAGCUUUUGUGGCGGUGCCAGUGGUCAUGGUACCCACUAACGGGCAGCCUGGCAGGGCCAUGCCAAUGCCCUGCGGAAACCUCCCGCAGUCGGUGCAGCCGCCGAAUGGAUGGAACAUGCCCGGGGCGGUACUCUGUGCAGUGCAGGAUGUGAAGCAAGUGCAAGAACGCGUCCGCAUUUCGCAGAUGCCCGUGAAGACCGGCCCAAUUCCACAGAAGGCAGGACCUGUUGGCAUUAAUUUUUGCGGUCAGCCCAAUGGCUUCUAUGCAGCUCCACAGGUGCAGGGGGCGGAAGAGUCGGACAGCGACAAGUCCAUUGGACAGGGCGUGAAAUUUCAACGUGCUCGAUCUGAAGGUGAGGUGCCAGGAGAGAAUUUGCCUGUGGAACGUACUUUCAUCCAGUUUAGCAGUGGUGGAGACAGCUCCAAACGCUCCAGGUCUCAAUGAAUUUCGCAAACAAGAAGUGCCUAACGCGAAUUGAAUUUUAAAGCAGCUGCUGCAUGCAUGUGCCAAGUCUGCCAAACCCUUCC